UAUAUAUAGAGAUUUCCUAAACUCCAGGAGCGAAGGAGGAGCCGGCUGGCCAUGGGGCAGCCUUGGCAAAACCAGCAGCGGGAGCCUAGCAUCGGAUAACGAGCCAGACUCCCGGCCGCUCUUUCCGGACGAAGGGAAUCUAUUUUAGGUGCAGGGCAGGCUCCACCUUUUCCAACGGGGGGUCAGGAGUAUAAGUCUGAAGCGACUGGAGCCCCCUUCCCGCGCCUUCUGGAGCCGGGUCUUUUUGGUUCGUGCUACUGAGGGCGAAGGGUCGGGUGUUCCAGCCGCCGUCUCAGCAUGUUGCUGACCAGGUCAUAGGCCAAAGGUGCUUUUCUCUGCAGCUUGGGGGGGAAUCCUUUUUCUUCCACACCUUUCUCUCCCCAAGUUGCAGCAGCAACAUCAUCUACUGACCUGAUCAAAAUGUCUGUAAAAAAAACCAUAAUGUCAUGCUUUACCCCAAAUGUUUAUACUAAAGUGCCUGAUGGAGGAUGGGGAUGGAUUGUGGCUUUCGCUUUCUUCUUUGUGGAAGCCUUGACGUACGGCAUUAUCAAGUCCUUUGGGGUCUUCUUUACUGACUUAGUGGAAUGUUUCAAUGAAAGCAACAGCAGGAUAUCAUGGAUAAUCUCAAUAUGUGUAUUUGUACUUACGUUUACAGCUCCUCUUUCUACAGUUGUAGCUAAUCGUUUUGGUCAUCGUCUGGUGGUGGCGUUCGGAGGGCUACUGGUCUGUAGUGGAAUGGUUGCCGCUUCCUUUGCACGUACUCUGGUUGAAAUGUACAUCUCAAUUGGCAUAGUUUCAGGUUUAGGAUACUGUUUUGCCUUUCUUCCAACUGUUACCAUUCUGUCUCAGUAUUUUGACAAAAAGCGCUCAUUGGUCACUGCCGUGGCUUCUACAGGAGAAUGUUUUGCCGUUUUUUCUUUUGCACCAGCUAUCACUGCUUCAAAGGAAUACUUUGGUUGGAGAGCCAGCCUCUUGUUUGUUGGUCUACUGCAGCUUGGAAUCACUGCCUGUGGAUUGCUGCUGCGGCCCAUCACAAUCAUAGCACAAGAAACAGUGAAAGUAUCAUCAGUGGAACAGCAAAGAGAGACAAAGUACAUGCUUGAAAAUGAACAGACGCACACCUCAAUAGACUCCAUUGACUCGGGAGUAGAAAUAACUACACCUCAAAACAUACCUAGAGAUGCCAACUUGGAACCUAAAAGUGAAGAACCAAAGGAAAACACGGAGAGGUUCAUAGCCAGUAGUAGCAUUCCUACCAAGGAACCCAAGCCCAAACUCCUAGACUUCUCUGUGUUGAAAGACUGCAGUUUUAUUUGUUAUGCGCUUUUCGGUCUGUUUGCUACUUUGGGAUUCUUUGUUCCCUCGCUAUACAUAAUUCCUCUCAGCAUGAGCCUUGGCAUCAGCAAGGACUGCUCUGCUUACAUUCUCUCAGCCAUGGCAAUUGCUGAGGUCUUUGGUAGAAUCGGCGCAGGUUGGCUCCUCAACAAAAAGCCCAUCAGAAAAAUUUACAUUGAGCUCAUUUGUGUCAUACUUCUGGACGUUGCCCUUUUUGCCUUCCCUCUUGCCUACGAAUUUUGGGGGCUAAUGAUGUGUAGCAUUUUCUUUGGAUUCAUGCUCGGGACAGUAGCGGGCACACACAUUCCAAUGCUGGCUGAAGACGAUGUCGUUGGCAUUGAGAGGAUGGCAUCUGCUGCAGGGGUCUAUGUAUUUAUUCAAAGCUUAUCAGGGUUGGCUGGACCACCCCUUGCAGGUUUACUAGUGGAUACCACAAAAAAUUACAGGUCUGCAUUCUAUUCCAGUGCUAUUGGAAUGCUGCUGGCUGCUGUAUUCCUUUCUUUGCUGAGGCCUUGCAAGAAUUUAACAUGUCAGAGAAAGAAACAAUCACUACAAGAGAAUGUCUCAGAGCCUCAGGACGAUUUUAUAGAAACUGAUUUUGGGAAAACAGAGGAUUCUGUAAAGGGCUGUGAUAGCAUAGCUUGAAUUUUAAAACAUAUUAUUUAGAGAUUGGGGAAAAACAAGUCGGCUCAAGCCCACCUUUUAAAACUUCAUUAAAGGGAAUGCAACACAACAAAGGUGAACAUGUUAGCAAUUCUUUCAUAAAGACUGGUUAAAUUCCAUGCACACACUCCUACUGAGCAUGAAGUUGUGAUUCAAAUUUUUUUAUUAAUGGGAAGCAAGCAACACAUAAUAACUCAAUUCCAAAUCAUAAUGAACCAGCAAGAUGUUAGGCGAAAGAAAAAUCAGAUAUGGCUUAUCCAACUAAGUUAAAGUUUGCUGUGUUUUUUGUUGCCUAUGAGAAGAAUCUCACCAGAAAUAAUGUUCUCUUAAUUAACAACACAGGAGUAAUGCCACAAAAUAACUAAUCUGAUGAAACAGUCUUGAAAUGUUUAUUUUCAUCAAAUAAGCAUAGCUGUUCUGCGUUUUAGUUUUGGAGAACAGAUACUGAAUUUAUACUUGGAACAAGUAGCCAAUUCUCCUUGUCCUGCGACUUGAAUUGGAAUCCAGCAACAUAUGGGGAAAAGUUAACUUUUGUCACUCACUAGCGAAUUAAUGAAUAGCUUUUGUGUGCUUUAAAAGUUGGUUAAACUUCACAAAAGUUUGGAGGUUACCAGUUCUAUUUUAGGGCCAGUUACUCUUUUCAUAACAGUAUUACCUUAAAAUGCAGAUAAAAAUUAUUGCCUAAUCUUAAGUAUGAUUAUUUAUAUGUUGUAAUGUUUUUUCAAGAUUCACUACUGAAUGUGCAUAAAUUCGCAGCCUUGAUGAGACUUGCUUUUUGAGUAGAUAUAUUCAAAAUCACAGUAUCAAGCAUAGAAGGACUAAUUCUGAUUGUGCAUGAAUAGGAUUGUACUUUUAAAGACUUACUUGCCUUUUGAUGUUCAGGCAAAUCACUGAUUCUAGCAGUUUUAAUUUUUAAAAAAGUUAUUUAUUUUUAUUUUGUGAUUGUUAUUUAAAACAAACCAUUUGCCCCGAAUUCUUUCCAAGUCUUGAUGCAUUUCUAGUGUGUAGAUUUUUAGGCAAUAGAUAAUAGUGCACCUACUUAUUUUUAUGGUUAUAGAAGUUUUGCAACAGGUGCCUUUAAAGAAAUGAAACAGAUACUGUGUGCUGUUUUGGAGUUCAGAGAUUGAAACGACCAGAUUAUAGGUUUAGUUAAGACUUCGAGAGUCUGCUCUGAUCUAAUGGAGGCUGUGAUUUAUUAAAUUGAGUAAAACAUUUCAAGCAUGUAUGGAAUUGUGUUAUUUCAGUAUGGAUAGUCCUCAACUUAUGACCACAAAAUUUCUGUUGCUAGGAGAGACAUUUGUUAGGUGAGUUUUGCCUCAGAUAAUGACCUUACUUGCCACAGUUAAGUGAAUUACUGCAGUUGUUAGGUUAAUACGUUUGUUAAGUGAAUCUGCCUUCCCCAUUGACUUUGCUUGUCAGAAGUUUGCAAAAGGUGAUAAUCUGACCCUGGGACACUGCAACCAUCAUAAAUAUGAGGCAGUUGCCAAUAGUCUGAAUUUUGAACAUGUGACUAUGGAGCUGCUACAACAGUCAUAAGUGUGAAAAAGUUAUAACCCACUUUUUUCAGUUAUGUUGUAACUUUGGUCACUAAAUGAACUGUUGUUUAAGUCGAGGACUACCUGUGAAAGUUUGCUGAAUCAGGAGAAAACCAUUUUUAUUCUGAAAACAUUCCACUGUCUUGGUUAUACUAUGAAUCACCUUUCAGUUAGGUCUAUGUCUGAAGGCUUAAGUCCUUUAUGGACAAGCUUGAGAAGGUGCAUGCUGUAUGUUUGGGACUUGUUCUUAUCUUUGUUAACUUCCACAUUCAUUCAUGUGUAGGUCUUUUAUGAUUUAAAAAGAAGCUCUGAUUGUUCCAUCAGUGCCUUCAUAUGAAGGUUGUACAUUUUGUCAUCCCAUUUGUAUGACCAGUUGUGCUAACAGUAGUGCACUGAAAGGUGAAACUAUAUAAUCUAAUGCCUCAGUCAUCUACUACCUUGCAAUUCCCACUGGGCAGUGUGCCUCAAGCCAUAUUUGGGGUCUUAAAGGGGCCAGCUGCA